UAAACACACUCUUCCUCAGUUUCCGGGAGACUGAUUUAGACGGUGCACACAGCGGACAGGUCGACGAACUAGGCGGGGGGACAUAUUGUGGAAUAAGCUAUAUUGCGCUGUCCUAUUGUGAUUACUGUCCUGCUUGGUACAUUCCGGAGCGUCAGGCUGCAUGCGGUCGUUUGUUUUGAAGGAGCUGAAAGAAAAUGAGCAACAUCUACAUCCAGGAGCCGCCCACUAACGGCAAGGUUUUACUGAAAACAACGGCUGGAGAAAUUGACAUUGAAUUAUGGUCUAAAGAAGCUCCUAAAGCUUGUAGAAACUUUGUUCAACUUUGUUUAGAAGGAUAUUAUGAUAAUACAAUAUUUCACAGAGUUGUACCUGACUUCAUAGUGCAAGGAGGUGAUCCAACUGGGACUGGUACAGGAGGACAGUCCAUUUACGGAAAACCAUUUAGGGAUGAAUUCCAUUCACGUCUGCGCUUUAUUCGAAGAGGGCUUGUUGCUAUGGCAAAUGCUGGACCUCAUGACAAUGGCAGCCAAUUCUUCUUUACACUUGGCCGUGCUGAUGAGCUUAAUAACAAGCACACCAUCUUUGGAAAGGUGACUGGAGAAACAAUCUAUAAUUUAUUACGUCUGGCAGAAGUGGAUAUUGGUGAAGAAGACAGGCCUGUGAAUCCACACAAGAUACGCUCCUCUGAGGUUUUGUUUAAUCCGUUUGAUGACAUCAUUCCCAGAGUAACCAAAAAAUUGAAAAAAGAAGAAGAGGAGGUAAAGCAGCCAAAGGUAAAAGGCACAAAAAACUUCAAUUUACUGUCUUUUGGAGAAGAAGCUGAAGAAGAGGAGGAAGAAGUUAUUAAAGUCAGUGAGACUUUCAAAGGAAAGGGUAAAAGUAGUCAUGAUCUCCUAAAGGAUGACCCUCGCCUAAGCUCUGUCCCAGCCAUUGACAACUCAAAAAGCUCUGUGAAGUCUGACAGUGAUAGUGAUGAGGAGGUCUUGAGCGAAAAUGAUGAAGACGACAUGGACAGUGAUGAGAAACAACAGAUGAAAGAUCGGAUAUUCAGCAAAUUAAAAAUGGACUCCAAUAAAAAUACAAAGCCGUCCGUGAAAUCAUCCGGAGAUGAUCAGGAGAAGAAAAGUAGUCGAAGUGAAGAACUGCGUAAAGAAGCACGUCAGCUAAAGCGAGAACUUAAGGCCGCCAAAACAAAAAAGGAAGAUGAGGCAAAAGAAUUGGAAAAGGUCAAGGAAGAAAUAGAGGCUGAACAGGGUGUAGCCAACAGUGCCCUGGAAGAAUACUUGAAAGAGAAAGAAAAGUAUAAUGAAUGCAGAAAGAAAAAUACAAAGAAAGGAUCAUCCAGAGAAGAACAGACAUUGUCUCUCUUGGACCGCUUUAAGUCAAAACUGACACAGGCGAUAACUGAUGCACCAGAAGAGGAUCCAGUAUCUGAGAUGGAAGAUGACGAUGAUAAAGGAUGGCUGUCCCACAUGCUUCAGUUUGAUGAGAAAAGUCAGAAGGUGAAAGAUGCCAACAUGCAAGACGAAGACACGUUCGAGAUCUACGAUCCUCGGAACCCGGUCAAUAAGAGGAGACGAGAGGAAAGUAAGAAACUAAUGAAACAGAAGAAAGAGAGAAGAUAAAUGUCCCCUCUCUGUCCAAUGUAGAGGCGUGUGUAGCUUCUAUGUCCAUAUUUUACCAGAUUGAUAUAUACAUGUUUUUCUGUAUGCAUACCAUAAAGCGUUGAUUUAUUGAAAACAUAUCGAGGAAACAGAUUUAUCAAAACUAAGUAGUUACCCAUAGAAAUGUAUAAGGUUUCUACUGUCAUUUUCCAGAAAGCAUCGUAGUAGUGAAGGGGUACAUUUGAUGAGCUAUGGGCACCUGCUUCACCUUUCCUUUGGACCAGCUAUGAAAAAUUUUCCAGAAAAAGGGCAAGCAGAUGAGUGACUUAUGGCAAUAUGCUGAGACCCCGCCAGUUGUUAGACUAUAGGACCCCAGUCCUCGAUCCUCCCUACAAGAGACUGGCUUCCUGCACUCUAGCAAUCAAUGGGGAGGUGGGGUGCCUUACCCUUAGAGGCCAUUCCACACUGCAGAUUUUCUGGACAGAGAGUCUUUCUGCAGCGGGGGCCACCAAAACCUUCCCAAAAGAAAGAAAAUGUUCAUUCAUUUGGUGGGUCUGAAACCCUAAAUUGAGUUUGAGUUUUCUGCUGCAGAAAAAUGAUGUAGUGUAAAUGGUGCAGCCGAAUACUAUUGAAGACAAUAGGACUCUGCUGCAUGCUGAAUUCCAUGGCCACAUUUUUCUGGCGGAAAUUUAGCAAUGUGGACGGGCCCUAAACCUAACAUUCAUCACCUAUCUCAUUUAUAGUUAACAAAGUUUAAAAGAUGGUAUACCUUUUUAAGAUACCUUCGAGUGAUCUUUUUAUUGUUAUUGAGAUUUAUUUCUGUUAAAUGAUAUUUGAAAUAUUUCCCAUAAAUCCAACGUGCUUCUACAAGCAAAUUAAAGCUAUUGUCUCCCUGAGGUACAUUCUUGCCUCAGGUAACACCAAUUUUAUCACCAUUAUCUGUAUUGACCCCAAUAUGUUUCAUGAGACAAAUGGGAGAACAGCUGCAUCACAUCAUGGCAGCAUAUUAUUCCUUAGAUGGAAGUCCUCGUCUUUGUACUAGCUGCAUUACAGUUACGGGAAUCCUCCUUAGUGAAAGGAUAUAAAAGAAUCAUCAUUUUUACUUUGUCGUUAAAAACUAUAUAAUAUGCACAUUCUUACAUGUCGGAGUUCAUGGAUUGCAGCAUUAUUGCCAAUGUAUACAGUUUGCUUACAUUGUAUAUUGUAUAACUUGCUGCAAAUAGUUUUGAUCUAAAGUUAAUUUUCUGAUCCAGCUAAUAAAGUAUGUAUUUUCUACUAGUUAUUGUCUCAAUAUUAAACAAGAUCUGCUUACCUC